AGUACCGCGCGCAUUCCAUCCCCAACUUGAUAGACAUAUAUACACAGACGGAUUCUGCGCCUCCUCCACCUAACAUAUACUAGAACUCAUAUCUUAACCCCGCAAUCCACCAUGGCAACCCCCGACCUCACCCAGGAGCAGCUGGAUGAGAUCUACGCGUUCGCAGUUGACCUGGGGCGUAAGGCUGGCCAGCUUCUGCUGGAUAGCAUCGAGAGGCGCAUCGGAGGUGGCGACCAGUCUAUCGAGGAGAAGGACAGUGCCGUGGACAUUGUAACUCAGACAGACGAAGAUGUGGAAGUCUUUAUCAGGAAGGCUCUUGAGCAGAAAUAUCCCUCUCACAAAUUCCUCGGCGAAGAAACAUACGCGAAAGGCCAAUCGCGCGAAUACCUCAUCGACGAACAUCCUACAUGGUGUAUCGACCCUCUAGACGGAACCGUCAACUUCACACACAUCUUCCCGAUGUUCUGCGUGUCCAUCGGCUUCAUCGUCAACCACCGCCCCGUAAUCGGGGUCAUCUACGCCCCCUUCACCGACCAACUCUUCUCCUCAUGCGCCAACCGCGGCGCCUGGCUAAACGAGAAGCGCCGUCUCCCGCUCAUCCGCAACCCCGUGCCUCCGCUCCCUCCCACAGCCCCCAGCAAGUGCAUCCUCUCCUGCGAGUGGGGUAAAGACCGUCGCGACAUCCCCGACGGCAACUUGUCGCGCAAGAUCGAGAGUUUCGUGAACCUGGCGUCCGAGCUGGGCAGUCGUGAGGGCAAGGGCGGCAUGGUCCAUGGCGUGCGGAGUCUGGGCAGCGCGACGCUUGAUCUGGCGUAUGUGGCUAUGGGGUCGUUUGAUAUCUGGUGGGAGGGUGGGUGUUGGGAGUGGGACGUUGCCGCGGGAAUUGCCAUCCUGCUAGAAGCCGGGGGUUUGGUGACGACGGCGAAUCCGCCCGAGGAUCCGGCGACGGCGCCGAUCGAGGAUGUUCGAAUGGGGAGCCGGCUGUAUUUGGCCAUUCGACCGGCUGGGCCGUCGCAGACAGAAACGGGACGAGAGUCCCAGGAGAGAACGGUGCGGGAGGUGUGGAAGCGCGUGCGACAGCUGGAGUACUCUCGGCCUGGAGCUUAAUGACAUCACGAACUACAACUCCUGUAUAGAAUUGGAUGGAUAUGCACGACACAUCAGGACAAACAUUAGAACAACACGCAGUAAUAC